AGAGAGGGAAACCCAGGCUGGGAGCUACGGCCCCGAAGGCGGCGCCGGGUGCAAGCGACUGCGGCAGCCGAUGUGGCCUCAUGGAUGAGCUGGCGCAUGACUUAGCCUCAGCCUUGGAGCAGACAUCUGAGCAGAACAAGCUUGGUGAGCUGUGGGAAGAGAUGGCCCUGAGCCCCAGACAGCAGAGGCGGCAGCUUCGGAAGCGCCGAGGCCGGAAGCGCCGUUCUGACUUUACUCAUCUGGCAGAGCACGCCUGCUGCUUCAGCGAGGCCUCUGAGUCAAGUCUGGAUGAGGCCACCAAGGACUGUCGAGAAGUGGCGCCGCUCACCAACUUAAGUGACUCUGAUGACACAGUGGUGGCCAAACGGCACCCAGCUCUCAGCGCCAUCAUUAGGGGUAAGCAGCACUCAUGGCAUGAAUCUGACUCCUUUACGGAAAAUGCACCUUGUCGACCGCUCAGGCGCCGGCGGAAGGUGAAGAGAGUGACAUCCGAGGUGGCUGCCAGUCUUCAGCAGAAGCUGAAGGUGUCAGAUUGGAGCUAUGAGAGAGGAUGCAGGUUCAAGUCUGCCAAGAAGCAGCGUUUAUCCCGCUGGAAGGAGAAUACCCCCUGGACCUCAUCUGGCCACGGGCUGUGUGAAGCAGCAGAAAGUCGGACUUUCCUAAGCAAAACAGGAAGGAAAGAGAGGAUGGAGUGUGAAGCAGAGGAACAGAAACACGGCUCUGACGAGAACAUGUCGGAAUGUGAAACUAGCAGUGUAUGCAGCAGCAGUGACACGGGGCUCUUCACCAAUGAUGAAGGACGGCAAGGGGAUGAUGAGCAGAGUGACUGGUUUCAUGAAGGAGAAUGUGUCCCUGGAUUCACUGUCCGUGACCUUCUGCCCACGUGGGCUCCUGAUCACUGCUCUGAAGUAGAAAGGAUGGACUCCGGCCUGGAGAAACGCUCAGACCCCACAUUCCUUUUACCUUCCCGGCCAGCUCAAAGAGGAUACCAUGGUCGCCUGAAUCGGUUGCCAGGAGCUGCAGCUCGGUGCCUCAGGAAGGGUCGGAGAAGGCUGGCUGGGAAGGAGACCAGCAUAAGCAACCUGGGAACCGAGAGGAUCAGCCAUACCAUCAGUGACCCCCGGCAGACAGAUUUCUGGCUACCAUCAGCUGGGAAAAGAGAACGCAAUCAGUUUAAUCCACUCUCUCCUCUUUACUCCCUGGACGUUCUUGCUGAUGCCUCUCAUCAAAGGUGCUCACCUGCACAGUGGUCUGCCAGGCAGGCAAGUGUACACUGGGGACCACCAUGUUCACGUGACAUUAAAAGGAAACGGAAACCUGUGGCCUCAGCAUCUUUUUCUAGCCCUAGUACAGUGCACCCAGAUGUUCUGGAGCCAGCCCUGCCAGCACAGAAGCCUCCUGACUCAGAGUGGUUGGACGGGACUUCCGCAGCAGAGAAAGCCACUGCCUUUCCUCCAGCCACGUCUUUCAAAACGCCGCAGGAAAAGAGCUCUGGAUGCAGCUCGAGCCCAGUAACCAAUGGGUGUUGAGCCUUUGUAUUGUACAGUCUUACUGUUCUGAUUGGCAGUCUUGGUCCUAAUGCCAUCAGGACCGACUCCUCACAUGCAGCAGUCACUCUUUCUUUUAGGGGAAUCUUUUUGUAAAAAAAAAAAAAAAAAAAAAAAAAAAAAAAAAAAAAAAAAAAGUUUUCUUUAAAUGGGCAGGGCAUCCUCUGCUGUAUUCCUUCCUUUGUUGCUAGCCCACCGUUCACCUCCAGCUGCCGCCUUAGAGUUACUGCUCCUUGGCAGCUGUCUUUGUUCCUGAAAAUCUAGUAACAGCUUUUGCCUACCUUCUGUGUAAAGCUUUUAAUAUCACUGGUGAAGUCCUAAAUUUGCAGCCAAUUCGAAACACAUUCCCGGAUGGAAUUGUGUCUAUGCAGUGAGGCUUGCCAUGGGGCCUUGAUUCACUCAGUGCCAGUAAGAUACAUCCACCAAGUUCUCAGUUUGGGGCCCUAGAAGAGACACCAGCAGUUUGGGUUGGGAGUUUAUUCCCUUGCCUGCACAUGGUCUGAGGGGAUGGCCAGCAGCUCCAUUGUACCUGACCCCCUCCUCGUGCUCAGUGUCUACUGACAGGGCACAAAGGUCUGUGUACUACAGUGCAGAUGGGGGUUUGGGUGCUCAGCAACAUAGUGGAUAAUGUUCUGACCCCGGUGUCAUUGUUAGUGUUUUAUAGGUCAGUAACCAGUGAUAAGCAGAAACUUGUGCUCUGUUAUCUGUUAUGACAAUGGUUGGUUGGGGCCAUGGUUUAGGAAGGAAAGAUGUUUUUCUGAUAUGCCUUUCUAUGUGGUGUGUCUAUGGCUGCUCAGAUGCAAGCACAGUUGUAUAUAUAGUCUUGCCCGAAGUCAAUGCUACUUUGUCAAGGUGAGGAAUAAGUGAGUGCCUGGAGCUGCUGGGGAAGAGCCACAUUUCCCAGAAGUGUCAUCCGGAGCGCCUGUCAAUCAGGGGCCUGCCUGACAGGGUGCUCUCUGUUUUUAUCAGCUGAGUGUGUUGACUCUGAAACACAACAGUAGUGUUUGUUAAAUGCUCACUGCCUUGGUCAUGUAGGAGAGAAUAACCUCUCCUUACGACAGCUACCAGGUGGUCCGGUGCCUCCUCUUCCUAAAGGGUAAUUCUCCCUCCCACACGGAGUGCAAUCAGUGUGUUCAUUUGGGAGGAUGCUCUGUGACUGACUCCUCAGCCGUGAGGUGGACAGGGGCCGAAUUUGAGUCUGUUUGCAAAGGGGAACCUGAAGCUCGGUGUUUAUAGAUCUUGUGGAUGGCUGAGAAUGUAUCAGCUGACCAUAGCAAGAAUGGUGGUGGUGGUGUGUGUGGGGGGGGGGGUGCAGAAAGAGAUCAUAGGAUGAGAAGGGUAACACUAAAACCUGUCCCCCAGAAUCACCCUGAUUCUUACAAGGAGUGACUGCUGUCUUAUGGGUGUCUCAGCUGCAUCCACAGAAGAUAGGGACUGUGGCACUGUUGCAAGUUCAGAGAUGAAAGUGGACACGUGUGCCAUCGUGUUCCUGCAGUGGCCUGUGGAACACACCUCUACUGUUCUGGGUUGGGUUGAGGGAGAAAUCUACUGACGAUGCUUUUUAAAUGUUUCUAUACUGGUUCAUGCAGACAUUGGUCCUGAUGAUGACCUCCACAGUUAGGUGCAAAAGUAUUCCAGUGGCUCUCCUUUUGGUACAUUGUGGUACACUGCCUGUCGUCCUCUUUUUACCUGGGAUUUAAAGUAGCUUAUAUACACAUAUUUAUUUAUAUUUUAAAUAUCUCUCUGAAGCCAUGCCAAUUUUUAGAGGUGAAGGCAGAGUUGCAUGCUUUACUCAAUUACGAGUGAGCCCAAACGGAAACAACAGACGUUCAUGCUCUUCUGCCCUGGUUAUAGAAUCUGUUGUUUCUCAUUGGUAUCCUGAAUCAUCCUGAGGCCCACAUCUAUGAAGCGCUUUCAUGACUGUUUAUCAUCUUUGUUUGUCAUGCAUUUCUACACAUUUCUGAAUACUUUUGACAGGGAUCAUCCAAGAUUACAGCAUCUACCUAUAAUGUAUGGGGAUAAAGUUAUUUACAAAGAAAAUAGAGUAUUAAGCACAUAAAUUCUUUCUGAAACAGGGUUGUAAUUUAUGCUCAUUUUAAAGUGUAAAUGCAUGCUUAGGGAUGCCAUUUAUCCUGCUCAUUUUCUAUGUUAACCAGCUUUGGGGCAAACUUUAGCAUCAGUUGUAUUUUAAACCUUACAUUUAAAACAAUUUCUUUAUGGCACAGUGGAUAAUGUCAUAAAUGAAGGUCUGCUUUUCAAGGAGAGAUGCGCUUUUGCAAUCAUGUUUGUUCUCAGUAUUGAAGAUCACUUGACAGGCCUUAAAGAUGGCCAUUGACUAUGCUCAUUCGUUUUGUAUCAGAAUUAAUGCCAAGUGCCACGGCUCUCAUUUCCAUGUUCUGAUAUAUCCUGAUGGACUACAUGGAUGUUUCUCUGAAUUUCACUGGUUUGUUUUUUUUUCUAUAGUGGACAGAAGUCACAUUAUCUUCUUGCAUGAAGUCCAUUCACAAGAUGUUAGCUUUACCAGGAAGUGUAACGGGCCCUGAGACUGUCUUCAGAUUCGGCAUUACAGAAAGAGCUUCAUUUGUACCGCCCUCCCUGGGUAGCUCUUUGGUCAGAGCUGAUGAGAAGACGAAUUCAGUGCUGUUUACAUGGUGCUACACUUGGAGGGGCAGAAUACAGUGUUCUGAGUGACAUGUGGUUGGGCCUUGAGUUUUUUAGAAGUCAAUUGCUAUGAAAAAUUUCAGAUGAUAUUGGCUCUUAAACAAGGCAGUUCUCACAGCAAAUGACCCAAAGUAAAUAAAGCGUCUUAACUUGUGGUGCUUA